GUGGAGGAGCGGUUCUCCCGGGUGCCUGAGCCAGUCCAGAAGCGCAUCGUGUUCUGGUCGUUUCCACGCAGCGAACGGGAAAUAUGCAUGUACUCGUCACUGGGCUACCAGCCCCCCGAAGGCGAGCACGACGCCCGGGUGCCCUUCACCCGGGGGCUGCAUCUGCUGCAGAGUGGGGCCGUGGACCGCGUGCUGCAAGUGGGGUUCCACCUGAGCGGAAGCGUGCGCGAGCCCGGCGCCCCCGGGGAGCCCGAGCGCCUGUACCACGUGUCCAUCAGUUGA